CAGCUGUAGCCUCAAAUCUCCUACCAUGGGGGAAGAAGGCGGCGGCCGCAGCUGUGGGACCACUAGGGAGCUGCAGAAGCUGAAGCAGCAGGCGAUGGAGUACUACCGGGAGAACGACGUCCCGCGCAGGCUGGAAGAGCUGCUCAACUCCACCUUCUACCUCCAGCCUGCCGACGUCUACGGGCACCUGGCAAACUGCUUCUCUCAGCUUUCCAAGCCUCCUACCAUAUGCAAAGUAGUGGGGAGAAACGUAUUGGAUGGACUGGGACUUCCAACCCUUCAAGUAGAAAUAUUCUGCACCAUUCAGAAUUUCCCCAAGAACGUAUGUUCAGUGGUGAUCUCCACACACUUUGAAGUCCUUGAGAACGCCUCGCCCGAGCUGGCCGAGGCGGAGGCGGUGGAACGGGCUGAGGCCGUGGGCACUGCCGUGCAGUGGGUCAACAGAACCAUCACAGAGGAGCUUCAGGGCAUUGCCCCCUCCAACCAGGCGGAGGUGGACCAGGUGCUCAGGACAUUGUUUGAAAACAAAGUGCAAGAAGAGAAGGAGAGAAGAGAGCUGGAAAAGGCCCUAAAAGACCAAACAGUGUCCAUCCCUUCACUCCCACCCCCACCACCGCCUCCUCCACCACCAGCGACAAAGAAGGGACAGAAGCAAGGGAGAAAGGAUACUCUUCUAGAGAAGCCAAUUUUGCCUCCAGAACCCAUUGAACCUAUACUCAGCGGCAGCAUGGCCAUCGGGGCUGUGUCACUAGCUGUGGCCAAAGCCAGUGCCAUGCUGGGCAAUAGCCCCCUCUACUUAAACCUUGCAUUCCUGAAGCACCCGCAGGACCAGCCAACAAAGCUAACUCUGCCUUUGCUAAUGGUAUCUCUGGUCAGCUGUGGGAAGUCAUCGCCUGGGAAGCUGAAUUUAAUGAAAGAAGUGAUUUGUAUACCCCAUCCUGGAUUAACCGCUAAACAAGGUGUCGAGAUGCUCCUGGAAAUUCAGAAACAGAUUAACAGAACCGUGGAGAUGCCCCCUCUUGCAAAAACAGAGACAAAGAAAGGGCAUAAUGGAAGCAAAAGAAAUCAACAGCCCAUCACCGCCAAGAUGUCCCAUCUUGGCUGUUUAACCAUUAGUUACGACACCAUAGAGCAGCCGCUGCUCCUAAUCGAAGGCAUCUGUGCAAACCUGGGGCUGGACCUGGGGACCAAUCUGCAUCUAGCCAUCAACUGUGCCGCACACGAGCUCAUAGACUAUAGUAGAGGGAAGUACGAAGUGAUGACGGGAACAUUCAAGAACGCAGACGAGAUGGUGGACCUGUACGUGGAUCUGAUCAACCGGUUCCCUUCAAUUAUCGCCUUGAUCGACCCUUUCAGGAAGGAGGACUCUGAACAGUGGGACAGCCUCUAUACUGCGCUUGGUUCCAGAUGUUACAUAAUUGCAGGAACUGCAUCCAAAAGCAUUUCUAAACUUCUAGAGACCGGCAACCUCGGCACCCCGAAAUCCAGUGGGCUGAUCAUAAAACAUACCAAUCAAACGACGAUGUCUGACUUGGUGGAAAUCACCAGUCUUCUUGACAGUAAGAAGCACAUGGCCAUCUUUGGAAGCACAGAAGGAGAAUCUUCGGAUGACAGUCUUGUCGAUCUCGCUGUUGGACUCGGUGUCCGGUUUAUCAAGUUGGGAGGUCUUUCCCGAGGCGAGCGGGUGACUAAGUACAACCGCCUGUUAACUAUAGAGGAAGAACUUGUCCAGAACGGAGCACUGGGUCUCAACGAAGAGCACACAUUUUUUCCCUUGGAUGAGGAAGCUGAAAAGGCCGCCAUGUCCGGGGAGCCGCUCUUCCCCACAGAAGUGAUGGAGAAAUCAGCCAGAGCAUGAGCGUCUUCUGGACGGGGCUGUGGACAACGCCGGCUUACGGCCACAUGAGACCCGUGCAGCUGUGUCCUCGUGUUGGUUUUGCUCGAAAACAUCCCUAACUCGUGCGCUCCUUUUUAUUCUUUUGAUUUCACUGUUUGGUAAAAUUGUACGUAGUGUUUCUGUGUGAAAUUAUACCUGUAACUGCGUCUCCCAGCCA